AGCAGCUUCUUCUCUUUUUCCUGCCUUUGGUAAGCACUCGAAGAUUAGGGUUUUGUUGCUGCAUUCGGGUUGGAAAACCUAGCCGGAGAUAUUCUUUCCACCGAUGGAGCACGGUGGCGAUGGCCACGGCGGAGGCGCCGGAGGUGGAGGGUUCCACCGCAACGAGGCGAUAUCGGCCGUCCAGGACGAGGAGCAGUUCUACGGGGAGGACGACGACUACGACGACCUCUACAGCGACGUCAACGUUGGCGACGGGUUCCACCAGAACUUCCAGGGUGGCGAUGACGCGGAGGGUUUUCAGGCCGGGGACGAGCGGCGGAGCGAACCCCAACCGCCGCCGCCCCCACCGUUGCCUAUACCGGCGCCGCAGCAGCCGGUGGCGGAGACGUCCGAGAGGGUCCAGAUCCCGGGCAUCGCCGGGGAGCCGAAGAUCGAGCGGGUUGCUGAUAGAUCCGCCGGUUUCCAGGACCCGGGGUUCAGGGGAGGCGCCGAGCCGAUGGUUGGGGUCAGACAGGCGGCACCGCUACCUCCACCGCCGAUGCCGGUGGUGACGGGUGCAGGUAGGACUGACCUAGGCCAGGCUUCCGGUAGUUUUAGCCAGAUCCAGAGCAAUAAUCGGAACAAUAGCUUCCCAAAUGAGGGCUUUCAGAGACAAGGAGGUGGCUUUGGGAACGAGGGUUUCCAGAGGCAAGGAGGUGGUGGAAGCGUAGUUGUACCUGCAGGUAACGCGAAUGGUGGAGGGGACGCAGGUGGCGGUGGCGGAGCUGGAGCAGGGGUUGGUGGGACUACACUUUUCGUUGGUGAACUCCAUUGGUGGACGACUGAUGCAGAUCUUGAAGAAGAACUCUGCAAAUAUGGGCAGGUAAAAGAAGUGAAAUUUUUUGAUGAGAGGGCGAGCGGAAAAUCAAAAGGAUACUGUCAGGUCGACUUCUAUGAUUCAAUGGCUGCAUCUGCCUGCAUGGACGGUAUGAAUGGGCAUAUUUUCAAUGGAAGACCUUGCGUUGUUGCUUUGGCUUCACCGUACACUGUUCGGCGAAUGGGUGAGAACCAAGUGAACAAGAACCAGCAGGCAAUGGGCCAGUCCCAGCCGCCAGCACCUGCACAGAAGGGUAGGGGAGGUAGCGGGUCUUCAGCUGGUGGCAACUUUGGACGUGGAGGAGGUGUUGGCGGUGGCAGUGGUGGAAAUUGGGGAAAAGGUGGUGGAAUGGGGAACCGAGGGCAAAUGGGUAAUAUGAGGAACAGAAUGGGUCCCCUCGGUGGAAGGGGUAUCAUGGGCAAUGGAGGGAUGGUUGCCCCACCACCGCCUGUGUUGCAUCCUGGAGCUAUGCUCGGUCAAGGGUUUGAUCCCAUGGGCUAUGGAGCAGCAAUGGGUAGAAUGGGUGCUGGCUUUGGAGGCUUCCCUGCAGGUGCUGCUGGUGCUCCUUUUCCUGGAAUGAUGCCUUCGUUCCCACCUGUUGUGGCUCCACAUGUCAAUCCAGCUUUUUUUGGGAGGGGACUGGCACCUGGUGGCGUUGGUAUGUGGUCUGAUCCGAACAUGGGUGGCUGGGGAGGUGAAGAUCAGUCAAGCUAUGGCGAGGAUGCUACCUCAGAUCAGCAGUAUGGAGAAGGGAGCCAUGGGAAGGAUAGGAUGGCUGAGAGGGAUCGUUAUGGUGCUCCAGAGAGAAGACAUGAAAAGGAGAAAGAUAUGGGUUCUGGACAGGAGUGGCCAGAGAGAAGACACCGUGAUGAGAAGGAGAGAGAGACAGGGAGAGAUAAGGAACCGGGCCGGGAGAGGGACAGAGAGCGUGAAAGGGAGAGGGACAGGGAAAGAGACAGGGAAAGGGAGCGGGAACUUGAUCGUGAACGUGACAGGUAUCGAGAUGACAGAGACAGACAUGGUGAUCACUAUAGACACAGGGAUCGUGAGCCAGAGCGUGAUGAUGACUGGGCUAGAGGAAGAUCAUCUAGGCCUCGCAGCAAGUCACACGAGGUUGAACAUUCAAAGAGGCGUCGGCCAUCACAUGAAUGAUUUAGGUCCUUUGCAGCUUUCUCAAAACAGGAAGAUGUUAUCAAGAUGAAUCAUAUGUUUCAGUAGCUGCUUUUACGUCAAGUUCAAGAUACUUCUGGUUGAGAAUUCCUGCAAGGGCCCUGCUUAGUCAUCUGACUGAAGAACUAGAAGAUGCUCGUAUCAUUUAAGGUACAGUUUUGGCGACUCUUCCUCCUGGUACCGCUGAUCCUCCAAGCAUCAAUCUAGACUCACAUCCUUGGUGCAUUAUGUUAAAAUUAAAAAUGAACUUCUUGAUGAGCAGCUUUGAAAUGAUGUUUGGGACUUUAGUAGUGUGAUUAUUCUCCUGAGAAAACUUUUAGCUAAGUUACUCAUCAAUUAUGCUCUACAAUCAGUCAUGGAAAUGUUGUCAUGUUUUUUAUCAUGGUGUCAAAGCUGCAUACGGACGGUAAUGCAGGUUUACCGAAAACUGAUAAACGGGCCACAGCCUGUUGGCUCGUAGCGCUGGUCAAGGCACAUGACCCACGGGAAUGAAAUGUUUGAUUUGAUUGUUAUUAAUCACUGUUUUGUUGUCUUUUUCCUGUUGUAGGGUGAUUCCCAAGUCAUUGCAUAUAUAUGUGUCAGCUAUAUUUUUUGUUCUUGUUGUAACUGCUUGGUAGGUUAGGCCAUACCCGAGUCAAUUUCUUAGACUUGGCACUGAUUGGAGGAUUUUGAAACAAUUUCCUCCAUUGUACAUUUGUUCUCAUGCCAUAAUGAAAUGCUGAUUCCUCUUUUCCAAAA